AUGAUAAUAAAUAUCCAAAACGGCGGAGUAACUCCAAUCAUGACGAUGGACGUGAGUAAAUCGGAAACGAACAAAAACGGCUCGGCGCAGCAGGAGAUAUGCGCGGGAUGUCACAAAACCAUAACAGAAAGGUUCCUCCUGAAAGCCUUGGACCUACUGUGGCAUGAAGACUGUCUGAAGUGCAGUUGCUGUGAUUGCCGAUUAGGCGAAGUAGGAUCAACAUUAUAUACAAGAGCCAAUCUGUUACUUUGCAAAAGGGAUUACCUGAGGAUAUUCGGCCACGAGGGGCAUUGUUCGGCUUGUUCCAAAUCAAUACCGCCCUUCGAGAUGGUAAUGAGAGCUCGGACGAACGUUUACCACUUGGAGUGCUUUGCGUGCCAGCAGUGUAAUCAUCGUUUCUGCGUAGGAGACAGGUUCUACCUUUGCGACAACAAAAUCCUCUGUGAGUACGACUACGAAGAGAGACUAGUUUUCGCGAAUAUGGCCCUACACCCCCCAGUAUCUCUCACCCAUUUGAAAAGACAACUUCCGCCGACACCAACGCCGACGCCUCCGGGAGCUACGCAGAAUCUCCAUCCGGGUCACAAUCAGAUUCAUCAAGGACAUCCGCCACAGACACUCGGACAAUCUGUGCCACACAAUCACGUCAAUGGUCAAAUAUCAAGUACACCAAUAAACGGAAUGUCAGGAGCACGUGGUCCAGGUGACAUGAAUAAUAACGGGUUAUCGGGUCCAGGAUUAGGGGCAGUCAAACCACCCCCGAUGUCAAUGCCGGCACCGACCAGCUGA